GCGAACCCACUUCGUCCCCGAUUCUCAGCCUCUCUUCUUCUCCCCGUCUCUGUUCCGGAGACAAACGCAAGAAGCUAAAACGACGACCUGCGCAGUGAUUGGAAUUUAUUGCAGUUCUACUCCUACCCGCUCUCAUAAAACCUACCUCAAGCACCGCAGCAGGAUGGCGACGCCAUUGUCAGGGGACGGAGUUCUGGCCCUGAUACCACAAGAACCCGUGAACUCCAUCGACCCCGCCACCCCGUGUUCGUCUUCUACUCCCGCGGCGUCAUCUUCAACCUGCAUGAAUUCGGGUGAUAAGUCUCCGAUAUUUAUGUUUAUGGUAUUUCAGAAAGCUAUCCGGUCAGAGCUCGAGCAGCUGCACCGAGCCGCGAUUGCGUUCGCUACGGAUGGGGUUGGCGAUCUACGGUGGCUGUCGGAGCGAUGUCGGUUCCUGUUCGAUAUAUAUAAGCAUCACUGCAAUGCAGAGGACGCGGUGAUUUUCCCAGCUCUUGAUAUCAGAGUAAAGAAUGUGGCAAGGACGUAUUCUCUUGAACAUGAGAGAGAAAAUGAUCUUUUCAGUCAGUUGUUUGAUCUGCUAAGCUCAAACAUGCAAGGCGAUGAUAGAUUUCUAAGAGAACUUGCUUCACGCACCGGAGCAAUCAAGACAUCACUCAACCAGCACAUGUCUAAAGAGGAGCAACAGGUCUUUCCUUUACUCAUUGAGAAAUUUUCCUAUGAAGAGCAAGCUGAUCUUGUCUGGCAAUUUUUGUGUAGCAUCCCUGUGAACAUGAUGGCAGAGUUUCUCCCUUGGCUUUCGUCUUGUAUUUCACCAGAUGAACAUCAGGAUAUGUUAAAAUGUCUUUGCAAGAUCAUUCCAGGACAAAAGCUUCUUCAAGAAGUGGUUUUCACUUGGAUGGAAGGAAAAAGCAUGAAAGAGAUGAGCCAAGCCAAAAACUUCUGCAAUGAUUCCCCCGCUCAGAAUUAUCUUGAUACUGAACCUUGUAAAGUUCUUGAUCAAGAAGACAAACUUGUUUUUCCAUGGGAGCAUUCAAAAACUAGAAAGCGGAAACAUGCGGAGCCGGAUUACAGCCCUACCAGUUUUCUUGGGAAUCAUCCGAUAAAUGAGAUAUUGCACUGGCAUAAUGCUAUCAAGAAUGAGUUGAGUGAUAUUGCAGAAGAGGCAAGAAAGAUCCAACUUUCUUCAGGCUCCCAUGACUUGUCUAAGUUUGGUGAAAGACUUCAAUUUAUUGCUGACGUUUGCAUCUUUCAUAGCAUAGCUGAAGAUCAAGUUAUAUUUCCUGCAGUUGAUGGAGAAGUGUCAUUCAUACAGGAGCAUGCAGAAGAAGAAAGUCGAUUUAACAAAAUCAGGCUUUUGAUUGAAAAAAUCAAAACUACAGGAACAAAUUCGAGUACUGCUGACUUUUAUUUGAAGUUAUGUUCAUAUGCUGAUCAGAUGAUGGAAGCCAUCCAGAAGCAUUUCGUUAAUGAGGAAGUUGAGGUUCUUCCCCUUGCCAGGAUGCAUUUCUCUCUAGACAAACAGCGUGAACUACUGUAUAAGAGUUUAUGUGUAAUGCCUUUGAGAUUAUUAGAACGUGCUUUACCCUGGUUGGUUUCCAUGCUUACUGAUGAACAGGCGAAGUCUUUCCUCCACAAUAUAUGCAUGGCAGCACCACCAUCUGACACCGCAUUGGUGACUCUUUUCUUGGGUUGGGCAUGUAAGGGUCGGACUCGGGACAUCUCUAGUCCUGGCAAAUUUAUAUGCUUAUCAUCAGAGGCAAUUGGUUGCUUAUUGUCAGAAGAUAAGGAUAUUGAAUCAGAUUUUAGUCUGGGGAGUUGUAAAUGUGCCCACCAACACGGCAAGCAACUUCCAUCACAUUCACAACAUGUACAGAUGGAGUGUCAAAAAACUCUAGUAAAGCAAGGUGAUGACUGUAGGUCAUCCCCAAAUGCUAAUGAUAGUUAUCACCCUGGCAAAAUAGAGACUAAUGAUUUGUCAUGCAGUACAACUUGUUGUGUUCCUGGGUUAGGGGUUGAUGGUGGUAGUUUGAGAGUUAGCUCACUGGCUACUGGUAAAUCACUGCGGUCGUUGUCUUACAAUUCAAGAGUCCCUUCUCUUAAUUCUAGUCUUUUUCUCUGGGAAACUGACGCAUUGUCAUCCAAUAAGGAUUAUACAGUCAGACCGAUUGACAAUAUUUUUAAAUUUCAUAAAGCAAUUCGAAAGGAUUUGGAGUAUCUGGAUGUUGAAUCUGGAAAGAUUAUAGAUUGUGAUGAGACUUUUUUGCAUCAGUUCAGUGGAAGAUUUCGUUUACUUUGGGGUCUAUACAAAGCUCAUAGUAAUGCUGAGGAUGACAUUGUUUUCCCUGCGUUGGAGUCAAGAGAGACACUGCACAAUGUCAGCCAUUCAUACACUCUUGAUCACAAGCAGGAGGAGAAGCUAUUCAAAGAUAUAUCCGAAGUUCUUUCAGAGCUCACAGAGUUGCAUGAUGGCCUGGCCAAUACAGAUGCCAUACCUGAAGAAGGAAUUGCAAGUAAUUCAUUUUGCCAUGACAUAAGCUGGAAAAGAAAGCAUAAUGAACUCGCCACAAAACUUCAGGGAAUGUGUAAAUCUAUUCGAGUUACACUGGAUCAGCAUGUUUUUAUGGAAGAGCUUGAGUUGUGGCCUCUAUUUGACAAACAUUUUUCGAUUGAGGAGCAGGAUAAGAUUGUUGGUCGAAUUAUUGGAACGACAGGGGCAGAGGUUCUCCAGUCAAUGUUACCAUGGGUUACCUCUGCACUAACCCUUGAGGAGCAGAAUAUGAUGAUGGACACAUGGAGAAAGGCAACUAAAAAUACUAUGUUCAAUGAGUGGUUAAAUGAGUGGUGGAAUGGUGCUCCAAAUUGUGCCCAGGAGUCAGUGGAUCAUGGAACUGUUUGUCACGUAAGUCUUGCUAAAGGUGAUCAAAUGUUUAAACCUGGCUGGAAAGAUAUUUUUAGAAUGAAUCAAAAUGAACUUGAAGCUGAAGUACGUAAGGUCUCUCGAGACUCAACGCUUGAUCCACGAAGAAAAGCAUAUCUUAUUCAAAAUCUUAUGACCAGCCGCUGGAUAGCCGCUCAACAAAAGUUAACUCAAACUAAAACCGAUGAGAUUGAUGGCAAUAAUAUUCGGGGAUGCUCACCAUCAUUCCGUGAUCCGGUGAAGUCAAUAUAUGGAUGUAAGCACUACAAAAGAAACUGCAAGCUUCUGGCAGCCUGUUGUGGCAAAUUGUUCACAUGUCGGUUCUGCCAUGACAAAGUCAGUGAUCAUUCAAUAGAUAGAAAAGCAACUACUGAAAUGAUGUGCAUGCGCUGUCUAAUUGUCCAACCGAUUGGGCCAACAUGUAAAACACCUUCAUGCAAUGAGUUUUCUAUGGCAAAGUACUACUGUAAUAUCUGCAAAUUUUUCGAUGAUGAAAGCUGCCGAGCGCAAACCUCGAAGAAAUUUUGGUUGCCUAUUUUGUGGAGUCCAAAGUGAAGAAUCUAUGAUGGUGGACAACAAUCAUAUGGAUGCGCAAUCCAGGGACCGAUUCAGGAAAUUUAAAUGGGGGAGGCAACAAUCAAAGCCAUUCAAAUAUGGAAACAUGCCUGGACUAUGGCUCACUCCUUUCUCUGCAUUUAUUCCCUACUAUUUCUGCCUGCUCAAUCGUAG